GAACCGAGCAGGCUUAUAAAAAGGAACACACUUUGGAUCUCGAACACACUCGAUUUAUUUCUCCCCCCGAGACGGAAAACAGAUAAACUCGCAGCCAAUAUGAGACUGUACCUCGCAGCUGCCGUGCUGAUGCUGGCGUCAGUCGCAUGCGCAGACGCUCAGGAGGAAACCAUGUCGGAGAAGUUGGCCACGUUUGGUCAGCGGGUGACUGACAUUAGCCAGGGCUUAGUUGAGAAGGCCAAGACCCACUUCGACGACCUCCAGACCAGCGAAUUCGCAGUCAACACCAAAAACUGGUUCGUGGAGAAGUUCAGCAAAAUGAAGGAAAGUUUUCAGACAGAGAAUUAGGCGUCUGCAGCCUGCAACCACCAACACCUCAGCCGUUCCGCUCACCAGACUUAAUGGUUACGUGUAAAGCUACGCGAAAAGUGCAGCAAGACAGCAAAUACAAAUACAAUGUUAUACAUAUAUAUAUAUAUA